GUGCAAAAGAUACUGAUAAGCAUGAAAAAAAAAUAGAACAAAUUGAAGAUGUGAAUGAAGAUGUUGAAGAUGAUAAACAAAGUUGUGUCAUCGUAGAGUGUAGAAUGAAUAAAGAUGAAAAAAAGAAUAAAAGUAACAAAACAAAAGUAAUAGUUAGUAUGGGUAGUGAUGAACAUUUACAAACAAGCAAUGAAAGAAAAGAAAACUUAACUUUGUCAAGUAACCAACCAGCCAGAAAGAUCGAAUGCACAAGUAGAAUAUCUAACAAUCUUUUUUUGCAGACAAACAAACAAAUUAUCGAAUUUGAAAAUGAGAGUGAUAAUUCUUUUGCUCGGGGACAGCUACAGGGACAAGUGACCACUUGCCAAACUCUUUUGCAAACUAAAUUUACCCAAGAAGAACUAAGAAGUUUGCUGAACAGACAAAAUGAACUUA